AUUAUUUCGAAAUGUCAUUUUGCCUAUAGUGUUUUUGAUAUUGAUAAUUCUGAUCGCUCGCUUUGCUGAAAAAUGGCUACACCACCACCUCCAACAAAGCCUCCGCGAGGAAUUAAAUACGGAAAAGAUGAGGCUGGUUGUGGUUUCCUUGUUAACGUCAUCAAAUCGCUAGGUUUUAGCGAAACCAAUGAAGAACGACAAAAAGAAAAACAACGCAUAGAAAAGGAGUUCAAAAAGUCUGACCAACGUCUAAACGAACUCGUCUCGAAACAUGAUAAAAAUUUGACUCGGGUACUGCCCCUUUUUAGUCAAGUAUCGACUGAAAUUACUGCCAGUCGAGAGAAGAUUCAUUCCGUGAAGGAGAAUUUAAUAGCAUGCAAGCAACUUUUACAGUGUCGUCGUGAUGAACUCAAAAAACUUUGGACUGAUGCUGUACAACAUAAAUUUGUGUUGGAAAUGUUGGACCAAAUAACUGAGCUUCGUAAGAUACCACAUAAAGCUACAGCAUAUUCUUCGAAGAGACAAUAUUUACAUGCAGCAAAAGCCCUUUGUGAUGCAACCGCUACUUGUGAUGGGCCCUUGAAGGAUGUGGAAGGCUUGUCUGACUUUAGAAAUGACUUGCUUACACGCAAAAAUCAACUCUAUCAAAAACUCCAUGAAGAAAUUGUCGAACAAUUAUACAAACAUUCUUCCGCUGAAGUUCUUACUAAUUUUCAAAGACAAAAUUCAGCUCGUAGUAGUGCAUCAAAUUUUACAAGGAAUUUUGCUCGCCGGUCUACCGAUCGCAUGGAAGCAAACGCCCGAGUCCGAAUGGCUUUGAAAGAUAUGGCGCAGGGUUUUGAUUUUGAAAAAUCUGAAACUAUAGAUGACACACAUUUAAUUGAUGCCGAUCUAAGCGUAACCUAUUUCAUUUCAAUAACAGUUGAGUGUUUCGGUAUGUUAAAUCGAGUUCCGGAUUCCAUUGAGAGGAUACGUGUUCAAAUUCAAUCACAUUUGCUGGACGUUGUACGUAAUACAACGAAUCAAAUGAUUGCUUUGAAUCUAGUGCCUACCGAUCGCCACCCGCUGUUAGCUUUGUUAGAAGUAUUAUUCAAACAAUUUAAGGCAAUCGCUAGAACACAUGCGUUACUUUUGAAAAACUAUCUAAGUGUCAUACAAAAAUACUCGGUAACAGCCAGCCCAUAUGAUUUAAGUGAUUUUUGGGCUCAAGCGCAAUCUGUGUUGCAGUUACUUCUAACCGAUUACUUGGACAUUCAAAACGAAUCUGCAGAUGAAGCUUCACAAGCAAAUUUUAACGAACCAGCUUUGAAUGUGAAUUCAUAUUUUGUUAAACGAAAAGUUCAAAGCAACAAAAGGAUUCUUUUUAAAUUUGACAAAUCAUCUCACAUUGCACAAAACCAUCAACAAAGUGGUUCUUUUAAGGGACACAGGAGGAAUCCAUCCAAUACAUCAAAUGAUGAGAAUUUGGGAGCGUUUGGUGGAGCAGAAAAACGUGAAAAAAUUCUCAUUUGUGAACCAGAUCAAAGUGUCAUUACUAAAGUAUACCUCCCUUUAAUGGGUUAUAUUCAGGAAAUUGAAAUUUUCAUGAAGUGUAAAUCGGGUGAACCCUGUAGUCUUCAUGAUUUCAUUGAUAAUUACAUUAAAGAAACAUUCCUUGCAAAGGGUCACUUUAAAAAUCUGCACUUAACCAUAGAAUCCUUGUCAAAAAAUCAAGAUGCUUGGCGUGCAAUUGUUAUGCCUGAAGAAGUUAAGUCACUUAACAUCCCACGACCCCUUCUUCAGUCUACAGUUAUGGUGGAACGAAGAAUAUCAGAGACCAAGAACCUUAUUCAGGAUCUACCAUGCUUUUCGGAGGAUCUCUUAAAAAUGGUGUGUUCAUUGUUGAAGACAUACCGAGAAACUUGUCAGGCUGCAUAUCGUAGUAUUGUGCAGCCAGACUCGGAAGAUAAGCGAAUAUAUAGUGUGGCGUGGUUGAAAGAUGAAGAUAUAAGUCGAUUUUUAAAAACACUUCCAAAUUGGACUGACUUAAAGACUUCAAGUAAUCGCGCAAAGCAUACUAAGAAGCUACAUCGGGGACAGUUUGACCCGUCUGAGGAAGAAAGUCCUAUACAAGUACAACAACGUAAUGUACGUGAAGCUGAAAUGCUAACCAGCAAUCUAGGCGAAGGUGGAAUAACUCAACAAGAAAUUCUCUCCGAUAUUGGUGUUCUCAAAGAACUCGCAAUAAUGCAAGAGAGUAUGGAAUGGUUUUCAUGUCGAGUGUCUGAAUUUGCAAAUGAGCUGAGACGCCCCAUUAUAAAUGGUCUUAACUCGGCUGCGAAUGAAUGUUCAUCCAUAACAAUUAAAGAGGGCACCAUUAAAGUUCUUACGAAUUUAGCACUAGAAUUUGAUGAGUUGGCUAAUACUUGUCUUUUAGUUCUUCAUUUAGAAGUUCGUGUUCAAUGCUUUCAUUACUUAAGAUCAAAGCCUACAGUCAAACCAGAUUAUGCUACUUCAAAGGAUGAUGUUCUUGAACCGGAUAGACAAGUUCAAAAACUUACAAAAAUCUUAACAGAAAUGGAUGAGGCUUUUAGUUCAACAUUGCAUUCUAGAAAAACAAGGUAUAUCUUCGAAGGACUCGCACAUUUAGCAGCAAAAAUUCUUAUUCAAGCUUCCAAUUACUUAGAAAGUAUCGAUCAAAUUAUCAUUCAACAAAUGUGCAGAAAUUCGCUAGCAUUACAGCAAACUUUAAGCAACAUAACUGCUUCUAGAGAAGUGGCUCUUGAUCAAGCCAAGAACUUUUACGAUCUUCUUUGUAUGGAGCCAGAUGACAUAUUAACCAGUAUCAUAGAAAAAGGAGCACAAUUCAGUGAAAUGCAAUAUUUGAAUGCUCUUCAAUUAUCGUGCAAAGCACGUGGCAUUGCAGACUCAAACACACUCGCUUGUUUCCAGCAGAAGCUCUCCGAUAUAUUAGGUGCUAAACCGCCAACUGGUGUAGUUGUAUAAUGUUUUUUUUUUUUUUUUAAUGCUUUGUUAUAAAUAUAAUAUAUAAGAUAAAUAAUAAUAAAAUAAAAACUAAUCUGUGCUACACAUUUAAAUCAAACUAUCUAAAACAGUAUGCAAAUCUGCAGGCCUUGGCAGUAAAGCCGUUAGGUUCUGGAAAGCGAGUGGAAGUUGUCAAUUCCUUUAAAAAUGUUGAAGCUGAAUUUUUUUUAGUUAAAUACAAAUAUGUGUUCUAAAAUAUGUCCAUGGUCUUAUAUAAGAUAAAAUAAAAACAGACCAUAUUUGAUUUCUAGAAAUUGUAUUUUGUUUUAAAUAAAUAAUGGGAGCAAAAAUGAAA